AUGGCAAACACAGAAGGGAAGAAUCAAACGUCCAUCACAGAAUUUGUCCUCCUGGGAUUCAGGGAUCUUCCUGAACUGCUGGUCUUACUCUUUCUGCUGUUUCUAGCGAUCUACAUUGUGACCUUGGCCGGGAACAUCCUCAUUGUUGCGCUAGUUGUGGCUGAUCGGCACUUUCACAUCCCCAUGUACUUCUUCCUGGGGAACUUGUCCUGCUUGGAGACCUGCUACACCUCCACCCUCCUGCCCAGGGUUCUGGCCAGUUUAUCCACAGAAAUGUUAAAUCUCUGCUGCAAUGGCACCAACCAGAUAGAGCUUGUCAUUACCAUCCUGGCUGCUAUAUUCACUCUGCCUCCAUUUGUAUUAACCAUGAUGUCCUACGUCUGUAUCAUCUUCACCAUCCUGAGAAUCCCUUCCACCACCGGGAGGCAAAAGGCAUUUUCUACCUGCUCCUCUCACCUCAUCGUGGUGACCAUUUUCUAUGGGACCCUGAUCAUUGUGUAUCUGCUACCAAAAACCAACACACUAAGAGACCUAAACAAAGUGUUCUCUGUCUGCUACACAAUUCUGACACCGAUGGCCAAUCCCUUCAUAUACAGCCUGAGAAACAAAGAGGUGAAAGAGGCCCUGAGAAAAAUUGUCAGUAAAUGUGUAGAUUUUACAAGAAAUUAG